ACACCGGUACAUGGAACUUUCCCCGCGGAGAGGGUUAAGCGGAUAACGCGAACGAAGAGAGAGUGGUCCUGCAGCAAGGUUAGACUUGCGAGAAUGGUGGGUAACGUGCCCAGCGGAUGGAUGAGGAAAAUUCUCCUCUUCCUGGUGUUGAUGACUGGGGUUCUACUUAUCGCCAUGUACGCACACGCUCCGCCGCUCGUCUCUCUUCAGCCGUUCUCGUCUCGACGGACAUUCCAGAGUCCGUGGUCCUGGGCCUGCGUUGCUGGUCGCUGCGAGAGGAGAGCAGUCCGAUCUUCGAGAACAUCUCUGGCGAGUUGUAUCGCUCUUUGCGGUGGUAACACUCGUCUGCUUUGGCCAAGGCCAACCGGAAACGUGGUUCUAGGGGAUGAUAGUAUUAUCAUACAACUGCAUCAGAUAGAAUUCGUCACGGUGAAUACCAGCGAUCAGGAGACGAAGAACUUGUUGGAGCAUGCGAAGGAUGUCUUCGUCGGCAACAUCAGAAGCCUAAUAAAGAUUCCAAACGCGAAGAGCAGGUCCGGAGUGGACAGCUUCGUGAUCUACCUGUCGGCCGGGAACGGUCGUCCAGUGGGUCCGAACCUGGACACGGACGAGUCCUACACUCUGGAGUUAAACACCAAAGGGAGAACCUUGGAGGCACGAAUAAGCGCGAAAAGUUACUUCGGUGCCAGACACGGUCUGGAGACGCUGGGCCAGAUGAUUUGGUGGGACGAGACUGCGGGAAGGGAGGGUGCUCUUAGGGUGCUGUCCCACGCCUCCGUUGAGGACAAACCGAUGUUCCCUUAUCGAGGUUUGCUGGUGGAUACCGGCAGACAAUUCUUCUCUAUCGAACGGCUGAAGCGCGUGAUCGAUGGAAUGGCGGCGUCGAAAUUGAACACGUUCCAUUGGCACCUGACCGACUCGCAGAGCUUCCCGUUCGACUCGGCACAAUUCCCAGAAAUGGCCAGAUGGGGAGCCUAUAGCGGUGAUCAGAUUUACACGCCCGAUGACGUGAAGGAUCUCGCGGAUUACGCGAGGAUCCGGGGCAUCAGGGUGCUCGUCGAGAUCGAUUCACCCGCCCACGCUGGCGCUGGAUGGCAAUGGGGGACGGAGUACGGUUACGGGGAGCUGGCACUCUGCGUUGAUCAGCAGCCAUGGUCGUCGUAUUGCGGCGAGCCGAAUUGCGGCCAGUUGAAUCCCAUCAACGAGCACUCCUACAGAAUACUAGAGGGAUUAUACCGUGAGUUGCUGGACCUAACCGAGAUCCGCGACAUCGUGCACCUCGGUGGUGACGAGGUAAACUUGGACUGUUGGGCCCAAUACGGUAACAUCACAGCAGCGAUGCAGGCGCAGAACAUGACCGAUCAUCACGCGAUGUGGGCGGAGUUUGAGACGAAGAUCACGCAGAGGCUGGUCAAGGCCAACCACGACCAGGUUCCGAAGGCUGUGAUUCUGUGGAGUUCACCGUUGACGAAGAGACCGUAUAUCACCAUGUACUUCGAUCCUAAGAUCCACGUGAUCCAAUCAUGGGGAGGAAGCAACUGGCCGGAGACGCCUGAUCUUCUGGAGGAUGGCUUCAGGGUGAUCGUGUCGCACGUGGACGCUUGGUACCUGGAUUGCGGGUUCGGCAGGUGGAGGGAAACUGGAGAAGCUGCCUGUGGCGAAUACCGCACCUGGCAGACCGUUUAUAAUCAUCGUCCUUGGCGGGACUAUCCUCAGCAACACCUGAAUCUGGUUCUGGGAGGGGAGGCUGCUAUCUGGAGCGAGCAAACUGGAGACGCGUCCUUAGGACCUCGACUAUGGCCUAGAGCGUCCGCUCUUGCUGAAAGAUUAUGGAGCGACUUACCAACCUACGGCUACUCCACGGACGAAAGCGUGUAUACGAGGCUAGCGGCCCACAUGGAGGUGCUAACGAGUCGAGGUCUGAAGACGGAAGCAAUGUGGCCCCAGUGGUGUUCCCAGAACCCCGGCAAAUGUCUCUGACCGUUCGCUAGGCCGGAAACGAUUGCUAAAUCCUUCGACUGGAAUUGUACGCACGGGUGCGACAAAGAGAAACGGUUCUAUCUGCCAUUUUCUGAUCCUCUGAUAGCCUCUGCGAGACACCUUAUCAUCGAGGACGAAGACUUGAAUAAUUUGUUCGUGAUCUAUGAAUCACUGAUUACCCGAUAACGUUUCUGCCAGUCCUUGAACGAGCUAACACUAUGUACAGAAUGCUGAUUCACGCAGAUGUGACAUACGUAGGUCCACCUAUGGUUAGGUGGCCUCGGUGAUGUGGCACCGGAAACAGGCGCGUCGAGGAAGAUGUUCAUGUUUGCGUUUCAAUGACCAUGUUCACGUCGAUCAUGCGAAUUCUAACUCGAGGUGUCUGAGUCAGCAAGAGGAUCUAGUUCGUAGGAGAUUUACUUAAACGAAUUGAAAUGAAAAAGGGGAAGGAACUUCUCGAGCGUUUAUGCGUUUCUUUCUGCCGAAUACACAUGGCACAAUGAUACGUUCUCGGGUUUUUCUGUUUCAACGCAUUCGCAUCUAUAGGGAUUUGAACAUUUGUGUUUCUGUAGCUACAAAGAUCGAAAAGGAUAGGAUGUUUUAUUGAGAUUUUAUUGUAGAAGUAGCGGACAGAUUAUAGAAUCAAUUGUCUAGGAAGAUGUUAUGUAUUUAAAAAUUUGAGAACUUCAAAAUUUUUACUCUUUGAUACGACUAAUAAAUAAAUUAUUUUGAGUAUCGGUUCUUAUUGACUCAUCCUGUAUACUGAUCAUGUGCAUGUGUCCAAGAAGUUUAAAUGUGCUUUUCUGAUGCAAAUGCGUUGAAGACAGAAAGAACACGGUAUACUCGACUAUGUUUCCGAGUAAGCGACCAGUACAUAAGCGAAGCACGACAAGAUGAACUAACAGGUCAAUUCAAAGAAUUCACGAGCGCGAAGUUGUCGCGCGACGCCUUGUUGUAGCUCGAUGCCAUACUUUUCGUUCGAAGUGCCUUUCCGAUGUAAUCUACUCGCGAUGCCUGAACGCAUCAUCGUUGCUGUACGAUUUCACGUGUGAACACCGUGCGCGUUCCUAGAUGAAUCUUGGUGACGGAUACUGAGAUUAUACUGAUCGUCGUUCACAAAUGGACGAUAGAAAAUUCAGUACGUUCCGUAUACAGGAACUUUUCUUUGACAUUAUCAUUUUGAUGGACCAUUGAUUAUGCUUUGUUCACGUAGAAAUUUUUUGGAUAUCAGUCAUAAGAUUCCACGAAUACUACAGAGGCAGUAGUACUUAAAUAUCCUAGGACUUGUGCCUAGGAGUUAAUACUCCUCCACAAUAACGCUAUGAAACUAGACGUAAAAUUAACAAUCGUUUUAAAAAUUAUACUUCAAGUUACUUUUGAAUUGUCAUAGAGCAAAGCAUAAAAAGUAUCGGUCAAAAUGACAAUAUCAAGGAUAUUUCACACACGUUAUUAACGAAACUUCUAAAAUAAUCCUGUCGCCAGGAAAAGAGAAUACAAUGUUGUCAUGGGACAACGAAACGUGGCUAUCGAAACACGAGAAUAGCGCGAUUCGCGUAGGCUUCCCUCUUUAAACUGCCACAUUUAGGUCCUAACUGUAGAAUUAAUACAAAAAAUUAAGACAAGGAAUUUUCAUGGAAACAAAUGUUACGGUAUUUCUUUUUUGGUAACGAAUACGGGCUGAACCCAGACGGAUCCAUGUUCAAUGAGAUUACUUUGCAUCUUCAACCCGUUGCGGUUCAUCCUGUAUCUUCGAGUAAAAUAUACUUUGUACGACUAUGCCACUUCCAUUUGUACCGAGAAUAUGAAGGGAAACCGAUCGCAGAGUUCAUCGACAAACUUGAAUAAAAUGUUUCAUUUUUCGAUACGCUUUACACCGUUUUUUUGUGAAAUGUAAAGACGAGUUUAUGUUGGUAGAAAUUUGCGUUGUGCUCGGGAAAACCUAAUAGUUUUCCAAUUCUCAAGUAGAUAAAUAAAAUUUCGAAUUCGUCAUUCGAUGCACAACGCGAAUUUGUUCCACUGUGGGCCCGACUUAAACGAGAAAUCAAAGGAACGUUGUUUUUCUUGCAUCUGGUGAACAAGAUGGCCUAUUAAUACGAGUCGAGGAAAUUUGUAAAUACACGAUCACAGUUCGACGUAGGGAGCGACGUGCCCCAGAACACGUAGUUGAAUAAAUAAUUGAAUAGAAACUGGGAUAGCUGCGAAAAAAUUAAAUGAAUCGUCUGUACUUAUCGACACUUACCGACAUCGAUGGCUGUAAAAAGAAGUGAUGUUUAUGUUGGACCUGUUGGAUAGCGACCGCUAAAUCAUCCGCUGUACCCAUGCAUAUUCGAUAUUUCUAUAAAUAAUUAUAUAAUUUGAUUAUCGAAUUAUUUUAGAACGGUUCAUUAUGUCCUGUUUUGCAAAAUAUGAGUGUAAAAAUCGCAGAAGAAAAAGGUGUUGGUGAAUUAUUUUAAUUAUAGCGAUAAAAUUGUGAAGAGAUCAUCUUUUGUCAAAUUGUGGGCGGAUGAUUUCUCGUGUUGAUCCAUCAUUAACGCAAUCUGUUGUAAAAUGUGGUUGGUGUAAGUUUAACAUAAAACAGAUUUUGAAUACAAAA